UUCCUGCACGUGGGGGUCGCUUCGCCCCAUGCACUGGGGCAGCCGUCUCGCGUCGGCACUGCCGAGGACGCUCCUCCAUCGCGUCCCUCUCCGCACGCCGCCGCCUCCACCUCCACCGCCGCCUCUCUCCGUCUCUGGAAUGGCAACAACAACAUCGCAUGAAACGCCCGAGUCCAACGCUGCUGAGAUCGAGCCCAAGAAGAGUUGUGAAGAGGCGGACCUUGGGACGUCCGGAUCAAUCAUCUCAGAGGGGAAAGCACGAAUUUUCUUCCCGAACUUAAGCGAAGUGUUUUACAAUCCCGUCCAGGAAUUUAAUCGGGACAUUACGUCUGCUGUUGUUACAGAGUUCAUAAGGGAACGCCUUCACGAGAGACACAUCAGAGUGGUGGUGCCGGGUGAAGAGAGCCGAGUGGUCGUGUCGCUGAGCGAUGGGCCUGAAAGCCCGGGCAGCGUGUCGGCCGCCUCUCCACAAGAUGCCGAGAAGCAAGCGUACGUGGGCGUCAGGUGUGAGGAAGGAGUCAAGGUUUUGGAAGCCCUGGCAGCGUCUGGUUUGCGAUCCAUCAGAUUUGCCAAGGAAAUCCCCGGCAUUAAGAGCAUCAUCACUAAUGACUUCUCAAAAGACGCCGUCGCCGCCAUUAACAAGAACAUUGAGAUGAACCAAGUGCAGCAUCUUGUAACCGCGAGUUACUCAGAUGCAAGCAUGUUGAUGUACAAGAGCAAGAAUCACAAGGAGAGCUUCGAUGUGGUGGACCUGGACCCGUACGGGAGUCCCGUCCAGUUUCUGGACGCAGCCGUUCAGUCUGUGAAUGAAGGCGGGUUACUGUGCGUGACCUGCACGGACAUGGCCGUCAUGGCUGGGAACAGCGGAGAAACCUGCUACUCCAAGUACGGCUCCAUGUCGCUCAAAGCCAAGUUCUGCCACGAAAUGGCCCUCAGAAUAAUACUGCACUGCCUUGACCUGCAUUCCAACCGCUACCACCGUUACAUCGUGCCUCUGCUGGCCAUCAGCGCCGACUUCUACAUCCGGGUCUUCGUCCGCAUAUUCUCCGGCCAAGCCAAGGUCAAAAUGUCGGCAAGCAAGCAGGCCCUUGUGUACAACUGUGUUGGGUGUGGCUCGUUUCACCUGCAACCAAUGGGAAAAUCCACGGCCCACAAUAGCGGGCUGAAGUUCACAGCAGCCACCGGGCCGCCCAUGGGACCCAACUGUGAGAACUGUGGACAGCGGCACCACCUCGGAGGGCCCAUCUGGACAGGCGCCAUACACGAUAUCAACUACGUCCAGAAGAUCAUAUCAGCCGUAGAAGCGAACAGGACACGCUUCAAAACGUCCGACAGAAUAAUUGGAAUGCUGGCAGUUGUCACUGAGGAACUCCAAGACUGCCCGCUGUAUUAUGGGUUGGAUCAACUGAGCAGCGUUAUUCGAUGCAACACCCCCUCCUUGCUGGAGUUCAGGUCCGCAGUACUGCACGCGGGAUACAGAGUCUCCUUGUCACACGCAUGUAAGAAUGCGAUCAAGACCGACGCACCCCCGCACGUCAUCUGGGACAUCAUGCGUGGCUGGGAAAAGAAAUGGCCUGCAAAGAAGGAGAGGCUAUUGGAAACAAUGCCAGGGUUUCAAAUUCUCAAGAAGCCAGCAAGCUUCGAAGCGUGCUUCACUCUGCGGGAAGAUGCGAAUCCCAUCUCUCGUCGCAAAGGCCUCAAGCGAUUUCAGGAGAAUCCGUUGCCAAACUGGGGUCCAAAGGCACGAGCCAAACCUGGGGGAGGCAUACAAGAGUCUGAAGAAAACAAGAGAAAGAGGCAGCAAGGCAAGAGGAAGGCGACCUAUAGCGACCCAAGUCUCAAAGCCUUUCCCUGCAAGAGAUUCAAAAAGGGCAUCUGCACAUUUGGAGACAACUGCAAGUAUUCACACGAUCAAGAGGUCUCCCGAGAGACUGGGCAAGAUCAACAAGAGGAGCUAGAGCACAGAGAUUCUAAGCGAGAAACAGACCCUUGAUGGCACUUUGUCCACAUCAUACCACACCAACCAAAUACAAUCUGCAUUGUGGAGAAGAUCAUUUUGGGGCACACGUAAAGUACGAAUGUCAAACAUUCAGUUUCAUAUAUGCACAUUCUGAAGAAGUAUCAGGGACAACACUUUGUAUUUGCCGAAAUCGUUUGCUUGAGUUCCGAUAAACUGAUAGAGGGUGAGGUUAUGUUGCACCAACUCAUAUGAUGAAGUGUAAAGCGUCAUAUAUAUGCUAGGACGGUUAGAUUCCUUCCAAAUUUGUAUAAUUUGGCCUUUCAAAGUUACGUAACGUAAAAAAAAUUACGUGAGGUUAGAAACUUUUACAUUGAAAAUACAAUACAUUAUCGUCUGCUGCGUUACAAGUUGAAUUUGUGUUCAAUGUAAUUUUGUACAACUUUUUAAAGUGGCAGUUUCAAAUGAUUUUCUCCAAAGGCAAAACGCGUGUUGCCGUGCCCGCCUUCAUAUUUUGUAUGCCACUUCAAAUGAAAAU